AUGCAGGCUAUGCUCCAAUGGACGAUGAUUCCGACGCCCGACGACGUGGAUGAUGUUGCAGAUGAAGCAGAGGAACGCGAUUUUGAGGAUAGAAGUGACCUGCUCCCGGUCCAUGCAGUCAGUGAAGAGGACAAUGUUGUCGAUGGGGAAUAUCCACCUGCAGUUUUUCCUCUACAGCCACAUGGCGCCAUCGAUGUUUCUGGGGAUUCGCUCAACGACCAAGACCUGUAUAGGGAAGCGGUCCGUAAUUUUAUGCCACCACCGAAACCACAACGCCGGACAGAGAACGGACGGGGCCCUACCAAUGCCAACCAUCUUCUGGGCACUUUCCCUGUGCUUUUCCCGUAUGGUCUGGGGGGCCUGGAGGUUGAUCGUCCGAGCAAAGUGUCAUACGAAGAACAUGUUCGAUGGGCGCUUCAAUACGACGACGGUCGGUUUCGCAAAGACCUGUAUUUUAUGUUUCAAACUUUUGGCGUGCAAGUUAAACGUCAAGUUUGCAGGUCGGCCUGUUUGCAGUUGGACUUCAAUACCUUCUUCCAAAACAAAGAAGCGUUCCAAAAACUUACAGCAGAAGAUUUUGUCAAAGCAAGUAAGGAAGAAGAUCGCAAACAACCCAUCAGUAACCCUGUCAUUCGUGCUUUUCGUCAACAAAUCACGUCUGUUCGCGCUCGAGUCACGGGCACUGAUGAAAGUCGCGUCGCCAUUCGUGCUCAAGUAUGGGGCAUGACUUUGCGCUUUAAUCCACCAAGCAUUUGGACAACAAUCAAUUUUGCCGACACGGGGGGAUCCUAUUGCGCAGGUGUUGGCCGGCGCAGAGAUAGACCUGGAUCAUUUCGUGGCGAGGUUCGGACCAGACAGCAACUCGCGUAG